GCCUUUCUCAGAUCGAAAACGAGCACGGCCGCAGGAUGCCCUAGUGGGCAUCGGCCGCAAUUCCGUCCAGAUUCAUUGAAUCCAAACCGCCCUUCUUCUUCCGUGGCGAAUUCCUAUUUAACUCCUCCCUCGACCAUCCAGUUCUCCGUGGCACGAGCGCAAACAGAGGAGCUUCACAACCCUGCUUCUUCCUUGUUUUUUUAGGGAUUUCGCUACUACAAUGGCGUCUGCUACCGCUUUCCCCAGCUCCAUUUCCUCCUAUUCGAUCGUUUCCCGAGAAUCGUCAGUUGGAUCCGUCAAGCGGCAGGAUGCAUCGGUUGUGGCGGCGGCGGCGGCGGCAGCUCCCGUCCGUCCCAGGGGGCGGCUGAUGCUGGCGCGGCCGUGCCGUGCCUUGGAGCCUACCAACAGAGCUGAUUCGGCCGUCCGCGCCGCGGCGGCGGUGGAAGCGUCCGGCGCCGCAGUGGGAGAGGAAGACACCGUCGAUUAUGAGAAGCUGGAUAAGGAGCUCGAGAUCGCUUCUCCGCUGGAGAUCAUAGAUCGGGCUUUGGAGAUGUUCGGCAAUGAAAUCGCCAUUGCUUUCAGCGGAGCAGAGGAUGUAGCUUUGAUAGAAUAUGCAAAAUUAACUGGUCGGCCAUUUAGAGUCUUCAGCCUUGAUACCGGGAGGCUGAAUCCUGAGACAUACAGAUUCUUUGAUACCGUAGAGAAGCACUACGGGAUCAACAUCGAGUACAUGUUUCCUGAUGCAGGGGAAGUACAUGCCCUUGUCAGAAGCAAAGGCCUCUUCUCCUUUUACGAAGAUGGGCACCAGGAAUGCUGCCGGGUGAGGAAGGUGAGACCUCUAAGGAGAAUGCUGAAAGGCCUCCGCGCGUGGAUCACUGGGCAGAGAAAGGAUCAAUCCCCUGGCACCAGAGCCAAUAUCCCUGUUGUUCAGGUUGACCCUGUGUUUGAAGGGGUCGAUGGUCUCGGUAGCCUGAUAAAGUGGAACCCUGUCGCAAAUGUCGAUGGAAAAGAUAUGUGGAAUUUCCUAAGAACCAUGGACGUUCCUGUAAACACAUUGCACUCACAGGGGUACGUCUCUAUCGGUUGUGAGCCCUGCACAAGACCAGUCUUGCCGGGUCAGCAUGAGCGUGAAGGUAGGUGGUGGUGGGAAGAUGCCAAGGCCAAGGAGUGUGGACUCCACAAGGGAAACCUCAAGGAAGAGGGAGGAAUUUCGGCUGCCAAUGGCAAUGGAGUCGUAACAUCUAACGGUGUUGGUGGAAUACCAGACAUCUUUGAGACGAACACCAUCUUCAAUCUCAGCAGGCCUGGCAUCGAGAAUUUGCUGAAACUCGAGAAGCGAGAGGAGCCAUGGCUGGUCGUCCUUUAUGCCCCUUGGUGCCCAUUCUGCCAAGCGAUGGAAGCAUCGUACGUGGAGCUGGCGGAGAAACUCUCUGGCUCGGGCAUCAAAGUAGGAAAGUUCCAGGCUGAUGGUGAUCAGAAGCCAUUCGCAAAGGAAGAACUGCAACUGAAAAGCUUCCCUACAAUUUUGUUUUUCCCAAAGACGAUGUCUAAACCAAUCAAAUAUCCGUCGGAGAAGCGGGACGUCGAGUCGCUCCUAGCAUUUGUGAAUGCUCUCAGAUGAUGAACCCCCCUCCUAGUCUUUUGCCAGUAGUUUUUGUUGUAUUAGAUUGUGUGUUAUGCUGGAUCCUAGCUGUUGUUCGAGUGUCGACACUCGAACUCUGAUGAUGAUAUAGAAGAUUGUGGUUGCCACCGAGUGGUGGUAGUAUGUUACUUAGCAACUUCAUUGUUGCCAGAUACAUAAUUUGUGGGUGAUCGCCCACUGCCUACUUCAUUUUAUCCAUGCUCUGCUUUGACAA